UGGGGUUUAAGUGUGCAGAGUUUAGCUCCCUCAGGCCUGACAUUUUGCAAGAGCUGUGGCUGUGAUUUAGGUCAGCUGAGGCAAACCUCAGCUAGGAGGAGGAAAAGUUCUCUUCCCCUUAUCGCAAGUCACAAGUUCUGCAUGGUUUGGCCAAGAGGAAGAAGCUUCCUGCAUACUUAUCCUGGGAACAGUACAUUCUGAAGAAACAAAUGCAUCCUCAGAGGAGUAGAUAAUGUCUACAAAGAACUUUAGGAGGGUACUUAUCAAACAAACAGGAACAAUUUGAAUCUAGCUCUGUGUAUCCACUGAGGCAUGAUAUUUGGACAAUGUGGGUAAAGUGUUAUUGAAGAAUUGCUUGCUUUGUUAGAAGAAGUGUAUAAAAGGAACUUGCAAAUAAACUUCAGCAUGCAGUUGUGAUUGCUGCCUUGGCUCUGCAUCCCCUGUGUCCUGGUUAUUUCGCGACCCUUACCCAGGGACCUGAACGCUCUAGAUGUUCACAAUUGGCGCCCGAACAGGGACCCUGUUGGAUUGUCAGGAAGGAAUCCCGCCGAAAGAGAGAUGGAAUGAAACCAUUCGGAACGACAAAUUGAUGGCCUGGGGUGAUGGCGGAAUUGCUGAUCCACGCUUGGCUUCAGUGCAGUACCCUCAUCAUUUACAAACACAUUUAUGGAAAAUUGCUGCUGCAACUAAACCUGUAAUUUUGUCUAAUGGCUCUAUUUCUGGGACUAGUCAAUCUGCUGCUUCUUAUAAUUUUACUGUAUUUAAAGAAUAUAAUAUAACCACAUGUGUGCCCAUGCCAUACCUGUUCUUAAUUGGAAAUGUUACUUUUGAUGAGGGAAUUUUAUGCUUUAAUUGUAAAUUGUAUACCUGUAUUAAUACAUCUGUUUCUCUUCCUCCUGGUUAUUCCAUUGUGCUGUUACAACAGCGCUCUCACAUUUGGCUUCCUGUAAAUUUACAAAGACCAUGGUCCCAAGAUCCUGUAAAUACUUUGGUUCUGGAAUUUUUUAGACAAUUGUUAAAAUGUACUAAACGGUUUGUGGGAGUUGUUGUUGCUGUAAUUCUAAGUCUUAUUGCAGUGACUACAGUUGCUACAGUUUCAGGGAUAGCUUUACAUACUUCUUUACAAACAAAACAGUUUGUUGAGGAAUGGCAUAAAGAUUCGCAUGAGUUAUGGCUAUCCCAGACUCAAAUUGAUUCUAGACUUCAAACUCAAAUAGAUAUUUUAAAACAGACAGUUAAUUGGUUAGGAAAAAAGAUACUCACUUUAGAACAAGAAAUUAGAUUAAAAUGUGACUGGAAUUCAACUUCUUUCUGUAUAACUAAUGUACAAUAUAAUCAAAGCUUACACGAAUGGAGUAUCAUACAAAAUUAUCUCAAUGGUAAUGAAACAGCUCAAUUAAUGAUCGAUUCUUUACAAAAGGAUAUAUUUGAAAUUUUUGGAAAAGGGUUUCAACAUGAUGAUGCUGCACAAAUAGCUGAAUUGUUUUUAAAACAGAGGGAUUAGAUCCCAAAGGAAUUGCUCAAAGUCUUACCCAUACGGCUGGAGGACUGGGAAUAGUGUUAUGCUUAGUUAUUAUCCUGUUUAUAAUUAUAUAUUGUAUGUGCAUAAGACCAUCUCAAAACGCUAUAUUAACUUUGUGGAAAGCUGUUUUAGAAAAGCAAAAGAAAAAAGAAGGAAUUGUUGGGGUUUAAGUGUGCAGAGUUUAGCUCCCUCAGGCCUGACAUUUUGCAAGAGUGUGGCUGUGAUUUAGGUCAGCUGAGGCAAACCUCAGCUAGGAGGAGGAAAAGUUCUCUUCCCCUUAUCGCAAGUCACAAGUUCUGCAUGGUUUGGCCAAGAGGAAGAAGCUUCCUGCAUACUUAUCCUGGGAACAGUACAUUCUGAAGAAACAAAUGCAUCCUCAGAGGAGUAGAUAAUGUCUACAAAGAACUUCAGGAGGGUACUUAUCAAACAAACAGGAACAAUCUGAAUCUAGCUCUGUGUAUCCACUGAGGCAUGAUAUUUGGACAAUGUGGGUAAAGUGUUAUUGAAGAACUGCUUGCUUUGUUAGAAGAAGUG